GCUCUAUGGCCAAGAAGCGCGCUCCCCUUUUGCGCGUCCCCUCAUCCGUCGACACAGUAAACGAGUGCCGGCGUGAACGUCGCUGUGCCGUGAAUGGACAUCCAAAAGGGAAUGUAAUAUUCUUCUGUCACUGCCUGGUUUCUUCUGUCCAGUAAUCUCUGCAACGGAAGCCGGGUGUUGAUGACUUACAGGGGUGAUGUGAUGGCAGCGCUGGCAGGCAGGGUAGAUCAGAGCAGACCGGCUGCUGCACACUGAACCAACUGAAUGCAACACAUUAGCGCCUAGACAGAAUGGAUUUUCUGAAUUCUACUGAAGGGGUGUUUGCUACAAGCAGCGGUGGUUAUGACUUGCUGGAGACCACUAAACUCCUUCCCAGUAAAAUCCUGCUUACGCUGACCUUGUCUAUACUGGCUACCCUGACUACAUUCUUCAACUGUCUGGUGAUCACAGCUAUCGCAGUCACCCGCAAGUUGCACCACCCAGCCAAUUACCUCAUCUGCUCGUUAGCAGUGACUGACCUGCUGGUAGCUGUUCUUGUCAUGCCUUUCAGUAUCAUCUACAUCCAGAAAGAGAGCUGGGUCAUGGGUCAGGUGGUGUGUACUAUCUGGAUAAGUGUGGAUAUCACCUGCUGCACAUGCUCCAUCCUGCAUCUAGCUGCAAUCGCUGUCGACCGUUAUAGAGCCAUUACUGACGCGGUGGAGUAUUCGCGCAAACGCACAGGAGCCAGGGCUGGGGCGAUGGUGGCAGUGGUGUGGCUGCUGUCCAUCUUCAUCUCACUUCCUCCUCUACUGUGGCGGCAUUACAGCGGGGACGCAGAACAUGAAGACCAGUGUAUCAUCAUCCACCACCACAUGGCCUUCACCUUGUACUCCACUCUUGGAGCUUUUUACAUCCCCUUGCUGCUCAUCCUCAUCCUCUACUAUAAAAUCUACCGGGCCGCUCAAACCCUCUAUAUGCGCAGGGAAGCCAGCCGAGCAAGCCAUCACUCAUGUAUGACCAAUGGCAGCAUGAUCCCCUCAUCCUACCCUGCUGGAGAUGGUGACAUUGAUGGGGGCCCUCGAAGUCCAGACACCAUAAGCCCACCAGAAAAGUCUUUCUCUGAACCGUCAACUGAGGAAACUCCACGUGAACGGGUUCGUGUGUCAGUAAAGGCUUUCCAGUGCCGGUCGCAGCGGCAUGAGUCACGCAGCGAGUCACGUCGGAGCCAGCUCUACCAAGGGCCGCGGGUCUCAGGCUCACGGGAACGCAAAGCAGCAUCUACACUGGGGCUGAUAAUAGGGGCCUUUGUCAUCUGUUGGUUGCCAUUUUUUGUCAAGGAGGUGAUCGUCAACACCUGCAGCUCUUGCAGUACUUCAAUGGAGCUCGCUGACUUUCUGACAUGGUUGGGCUACCUCAAUUCACUGAUCAACCCCCUCAUCUACACCAUCUUUAAUGAAGACUUCAAAAAAGCUUUUCAAAAACUAAUUAGGUGCAGUCAUUACCUCUGAUGGUUACAGUUAUGCAUGAUCAUAUCCAUACAGCAUCUAACAAACACAUAUUACAGGGAGAAUGCUGGCUGAAUACUGACAGUGUCCCUGAGAGACAAUAAGUUUAAAGAGGAAAGGACUGACACCCAUUUCCAAACACUCCACUGGGCACUUCAGCGACCUAAAUGGUGCCAGGUCAGCAGUGAGCUUUACAGCAAAGCUCCAGAUUGAAAUCCAAGUCCUGCUAUUAAUAGAACAGCUUGAGAUCUCCCUGAUGUUAACUGGUGUGUGUGUGUGCGUGUGUGUGUGUGCAUGUGAAGGGGCACUGACAUGUUGGUUUUUAGAAAAUGGGCCAUCGCUGACCUUUUUGAGGUUUGGAUUCUGAGCAUCAGUGAUCAACCCUAUUUAAAGGUCUUGAAAUAGCCGACCAUUAUGUCUGUUCCAUCUAAUGACCUCCCUUUUAUCUUGUUGAAGCUGCUGGCUGAAAUACAGACCAUGUGUAAAAUACCACAGCGUACCAAGUUGUGACUUUCUGUGGCCAUGAAGUUUUGGAAAGCAGCUUUUAUCUGACUGGCUUUCACUGUGAUUGUUAACAGAAGUAGGUACUCUGCACACAAAAUAUUCCAACAAACAUAAAUAUAAUAAAUAUAUAUAAAAUAUACAUUUGUAGAUUGUUAAGUAACAGCAAUGAUACUGGUUCAUCUGACAGUCUGAAACUGAAAGGUUACUGCCUGCCUUUAAUGAAUUUCAUACAUAUGACCAUAACAUACCAGACUUGAAAUGUUUAAGAUUUACAGGUAAGAAUGCUUUAAAAGUGAUGAAAAUAUUUUAUGAUCUGGGACCAAAUCCUGCUAUUAAUAAAACAUACUGAAAUUUAAAGAGCACUCAGUGGCAAAUAUAAAAUUUUAUCUAAUUUUUUACUACAGCAGUUUCGGUUAUGAAGAGGUUUUAAGGUGUUAUGGUUACAGGUUCUAUGGCACUUUAAUUGAUAUGUUUGCACAACUUUUUUAGGUUCCUUUCAGUUAUUUCUUAAGUCUUAUUUAAUUAUGUAUUUAUUUACUUUGGAGCCAUUAAACAGCCUAUCUUGUAUCACUCCCAUCACUAUAGCCAGCAUUAAGUUAUUGAAUGUGAAAACCAGCAACGGAGAAAUCCUCAUUACAUCACUCCUGCUCAAGUACUUGGAAAAGAACUACUAUUUCAGUACUGCCUCCAAGAGGGCACAUUCAAUGUUGCUGGAAAUACUUUGGAUGAGUCAAGUGUGAGGGUGUACUGUAUGCCAGGGAGAUAAAACAAAGUAUGCCAUGUAUUUACAUACAUCUCUGAGAGUAUCCAGUAUUUGUAUACGGCCUUUUUCGUUGUCUCUCACUGUCUCAGAAUUCAAUAAUACACAGUCGACAUCUUAAUGAGUUCCCCUGUUUUUCACAUAGUAUUUUUUUGAAGGACAAUUCGAUGUGUGAGUCAAGUACAGUAUAGUUUCUGUGUGUAUGCAGAGUCUAGUAGAAGAAAUGAGAAACAAAAUGUGAACAGAAAUGGUCAUCUGUACGUGUAAAUGAAUGAUGAUAUGAUAUACUGCAACUCCAUCUCAGUCUGCUGACAUUCUGCUGUUAAAUGUGAACAGACAGAAUAUUUUUAUAUUCUGAUAUGAUGGCACCCCCUUGUGGUCAGUAUAAAGAUUGCACACUUUCUUUCACUGCUACAAUAAGAGAUUCAUGAAUGUGGAAACUUGUUCACUUGGCCUCACUAAUCAAACAAAUAAAAGUGAUACAAAUAAAAUAAAAAAUAAAAGGCUUCUGUCUUAUAUAUUAUGUUCCAUGGAAAAUGUAUGUUUUUUUAUUAAAAAAUACACAAUAAAU